GUCAUUCCAGGACAUGAACCUCUCACGCCCUCUACUAAAGGCAAUCACAGCCCUGGGCUUCAAGCAGCCAACCCCAAUCCAGAAGGCCUGUAUCCCCGUGGGUCUGCUGGGGAAGGAUAUUUGUGCUUGUGCUGCCACUGGGACAGGUAAAACGGCUGCAUUCACCCUACCUGUACUGGAGCGCUUGAUCUACAAACCUCGUCAGGCUCCAGUGACUCGGGUGCUGGUUCUGGUGCCAACAAGAGAGUUAGGCAUUCAAGUGCACUCUGUCACCAAGCAGCUGGCCCAGUUCAGCAGCAUCACAACCUGCCUAGCUGUGGGGGGCUUGGAUGUGAAGACUCAGGAGGCAGCUUUGCGCUCUGGGCCAGACAUUCUGAUUGCCACCCCUGGGCGCCUGAUAGAUCAUCUCCAUAACUGUCCCUCCUUCCACCUGAGCAGUAUCGAAGUGCUGAUCUUGGAUGAGGCAGACAGGAUGUUGGAUGAGUAUUUUGAGGAACAGAUGAAGGAGAUAAUUCGGCUGUGCUCCCACCACCGUCAGACCAUGCUGUUCUCUGCCACCAUGACAGAUGAGGUGAAGGAUUUGGCUGCUGUUUCCCUGAAAAAUCCUGUCCGAAUUUUUGUGAAUAGCAACACGGAUGUAGCCCCUUUCCUGCGGCAGGAAUUUAUCCGGGUCCGUCCCAACAGAGAAGGGGACAGAGAAGCUAUUGUGUCAGCUCUGCUGACACGGACCUUCACAGACCACGUGAUGCUUUUCACACAGACCAAGAAGCAGGCUCACCGCAUGCACAUCCUGCUGGGGCUGAUGGGUCUGCAGGUAGGGGAGCUACAUGGGAACCUCUCUCAGACACAACGGUUGGAGGCCCUCAGGCGCUUUAAAGAUGAGCAGAUCGAUGUCUUGGUAGCUACAGAUGUUGCGGCCCGAGGACUUGACAUCGAGGGUGUCAAAACGGUGAUCAACUUCACCAUGCCCAACACCACCAAGCACUAUGUGCACCGGGUGGGGCAGACAGCGCGGGCUGGUCGGGCUGGCCGCUCAGUCUCACUGGUGGGUGAGGAGGAGCGCAAGAUGCUGAAGGAGAUUGUGAAGACAGCCAAGAUGCCAGUGAAAGCCAGAAUCCUCCCCCAGGAUGUGAUCCUGAAAUUCCGGGAGAAGAUUGAGAAGCUGGAGAAAGAUGUGUAUGCAGUGCUGCGUCUAGAGUGUGAGGAGCGUGAGAUGCAGCAAUCAGAGGCCCAGAUCAACAUGGCAAAGAAGCGACUGGAGGCAGGAGAACAGAAGGUGGAAGAGGGGCCUGAGCGGAGCUGGUUCCAGAGCCGAGAAGAGAGAAAGAAAGAGAAAUUGGCUAAAGCCCUUCAGGAAUUUGACUUGGCGUUGAGAGGAAAAAAGAAGAGGAAGAAAUUUAUGCAGGAGACUCAGAAAAAAGGCCAAAUGACACCAGAGGAGAGAUCACAAUUUGAAAUCCUGAAGUCGCAGAUGUAUGCAGAGCGUGUAGCAAAGAGGAACCGCCGAGCAAAGCGAGCUCGAGUUGUGCCCGAGGAUGAGCCUCCCUCAGCAGCAGCAGGCCCCAAACGGAAGAAGCAAUCAUCUGUCUUUGACGAGGAGCUCACCAACACAAGCAGGAAGGCCCUAAAACAGUAUCGUGCUGGCCCCUCCUUUGAAGAGCGGAAGCGUUUGGGCUUAGCCCGACACCGGAAAGGAGGAAACUUCAAAUCCAAGUCCAGGUAUAAGAGGAAAUAGCAGCUCUUUGCCAGAGGGAUUCCCUGGAAAAUCUAACUGUAGGAGACUUUGUGCCUCUUCCAGAAAAA